CGUGCCGGUCGGACGUACGUCGCGCGUUUUCCCCGUUUGUGCUUUGAAAGCUACCCAUACACAGACUCACUGGAGGUGUGUGUGUGUUUGUGCACGGGGUGGUAAGGUGAUGUGAGGUGCCAAAGAUCACCCGUCUUCCAGCAUCCUCACGGCGGCAGGUGCGGAAUUGUGCAAGUGUUUAAAAGGUUGAAAAGUUGAAGAAAUUUGACCGUGAAUUGAAGCGCUGACGUGCUGAAAGUGUCGCGCGAACGGUAGCGAUUGCGAGUGGGCCAGGGUUCGAGCCCCGUCGACACCUUCCGAGAUUUUUUUUGUGUGUUCCGUCUGCUUCUCCUCUUUCGUUGAUGUGAGGCGCAGCAUCUCACGAAUAUCGACGAAACGAGACGGGUUUCGCGUGUGUGUCUCAUAAGGUGCUGUAAUUGAGGAAAAUUCAACACACAUAGAAGAGAACGGGAAGAGAUUUUUUUUUCUUUUCUGUUUUGGCUUGUGUUUCGGCAUUUUGGUCAAUUUUGAAGAAUCGAGAAGAAGCGAUUCUCGCAGCAUCCAAACAGAAAAAGUUGGUGCGAUAGUGUUGGUGAAUUGAGUUUGUUGUCGUCGAAAGAAGAAAUCGUGGUUGUGUAAUUGCACUGCAAGCGAGGAAAAGCGGAGAAAAAUCGCAUGCUUUAAACUGAACAAAUUGAAAAUUUUAAAAGCAAGCUGAACAUGAAGUGAGGAGUGAAGGAAUGUGCUUUUGAAAUAAGAUUUGAAGUUCCAGGUGGUUCACGCCGAGAAAGUACUGUUGGCUCUACGGUGCGGCAUCCCGAGCAGAAGCGGAGCGCGGCUUCAACUUGAUUCAAGAAGAAACGAAGCGAAAAGAGUAAAUAAAGUAAAGUAAAGUGUAUAAAAGAGAAGAGAUAAGUGUAUUGGUGCGGUUGAGGUUGAAUGAAGGGAAGAAGUGUUGUGGCCAGGUUCUCGAAUGUGUGCAGAAAAAUGACGAUGUCCGGAAUCUGGUUCUCGUUGGCCGUCGAGCAGCGCGAAGAAGACGCGUGGUUCCCGUAGAAGAAGCAGAUUAAAAGUGAACGCGCGUAGAAGAAGAACCUGCUAGUAGAAGGAGGUUGAAGAAGUUCAGUGUUGGUGUUUGUUUUGUGUGCAAAAAAUAAAAAGAGAAUCAAAGCCAGUUUCAGUUGUGUGUGAAUGUGAAUGAGAGACAAAGAGGAAGCAAGAUCGUGAAGAAUCCAGCAAGUAUUGGCAACCGAUGAAUGCCAAUAAAGGCAGAUUGAAGAAGUUGAAGGCCGGAGGAUCCUGCGGCCGAAGGUCGCCAACAAUGGCCACGAUGCGGCUACUGUUGGGACUGUCGACCUGCUUCGUAUUGUUCCUAGCUGUUGCGAUUCCGCAGCCAACGACCGCCGCAACGGCGCAGGUUGCAGGUAUUGGUGAAGUCGGUGGUAAUUACGAAGAAGUCGAGAAUCAAAACAACAACCUCCGCGCCGACGGCGAGAUAAGGCCUGACCGGGUGAGGCGCAGUCCCACCACGACGGACGGCUCGCCGAUCCGGUCGUCAACCAGCGCCGCGGUGGACUCUUCUACGGCGUACGAUGCCGAUUUUCUAGCGACCUGCCCUCGGUCACACUUUACCUGCGGAGAUGGAAAGUGUAUCCCGCAGCACUGGAAGUGCGACACGUACAGCGACUGUGCCGACGGGUCGGACGAGAUCGAUUGUGAUAAAACCCACAAGUGCAAGGACGAGCAGUUCCAGUGCAAGCUGACGAACAAGUGCAUCCCGCGGGGCUGGACCUGCGACGGCGAUGCGGACUGCGGCGUGGUCGAGAAGUUUCGCACGAUCGACGUGUCGGACGAGGACGCCGAGCUGUGCCGCAGCUCGAGGCACUGCCUGCCCACGCAAACGGUGUGCAGCAACGGCAAGUGCCUGGACAUCGAUCGGUUCUGCGACGGCGUUUGGGACUGCUCGAACGACGAGCUGCGCUGUCCGAAGAACACCACGACGGUGGCCGAGUGUGACGCGUUGAAGUGUUCGUACGACUGUAGGCAGACGCCGAACGGGCCGCGGUGUUUUUGUGCCAAGGGAAGUCAACCCAAUGGGAGCAUUUGUGAGGACUUUGACGAGUGCCAGAUCGACGGGAUGUGCGAUCAGAUCUGCAAGAAUCUGCCCGGGACGUACAAGUGUACGUGUGCGACGGGGUAUGCCCGGAUUGGGAACCAGUGCCGGGCGGUCAAUACUCCCAAAGAAGAGCCGGCGUCGCUGCUCUUCGCAACUUCGACUGAAAUACGUAAGUUUCCUGUGGUCAACGGCAGUGCCGUCCCGGAUGGGCAUCCAAACUCGUCCACCAUUGCGCUUCCUCUGCACAACGUACUCGCGCUGGAGAUGUACCACCGCAAUCGUACCUUUUGUGCCGUCCGCCUCGAUGUGGACGCCCUGUUCGAGUGUUACAGCGUAGACAAUGUAACGCACACUUGGCAGAUGCCUCUGCCGGACUUGUUUCCAAACAUCAACUCCAUCGACCACAUCAGCAUCGACUGGAUCUCCGGCAAUUGGUACUACCUGGACGAUCAGCGGGAAAUCAUCUUCGUUUGUUCCGGGCAAAUGCGGCACUGUACGAUCAUCCUGGAGAACGAUCUCAUGAAACCCCGGGGGAUGGCACUGGACCCGACCAAGGGCUUUCUCUUCUUCACCAAAUGGGGCAACUCGCUGGCGAGUGUCGAACGAUCGUUUCUCGACGGUUCCAACCGGACCUCGAUCGUUCUGAAGAAGAUCGUGUACCCGCACGGGGUGGCGCUCGACCUUGCCAUGCAGCACGUCUACUGGGUCGACACGUACCUGGACUCGAUCGAGCGGGUCAACUACGACGGAUCGAACCGGUGGUUUCUGAAGAAGUCCGCCAACUUUAUGAUCAACCUGCAGUCCCUCCACACCGUCAACGUGUUCGAAACCAACAUCUUCCUAGCGUCCUGGAAGAACCGCUCGAUCGUAGCGAUCGACAAAUUCACCGCAGAAGCGCGCCUGGUCGCGACGAACGUAUCGCGAGCCUACCACCUCCACGUCUUCCACCGGCAGAAGCAGCCCGAAGUGGCUCAUCCCUGUCGGAACCAAAACGGAGGUUGCGAUCACCUGUGCAUUACCGCCUGGAAGAAGACGGUCGCCAUCGGGCAGUGUCUGUGCUCGCCCGGCUAUCGACUGAAGACCAAAAAUCAGUGCGUGCUGAUAAAGCGACCGACGUUUCUGAUCUACGCCAAGUCCAAUCCCGGAAUGAUUCGGGGGAUCCCGUUGGGGAUCAAGGCGCAGGAAGCGAUCGUACCGGUGACGAAUCUGGGACGGGACAUAACCUUUGACUAUCACAUCGAGGAUCAGCUGAUCUACUUUGCGCAUCAUGACAAAACGCAAUCCAAGUUCUCGAUCGAGAUGCAAAAACUGGACGGCACGGGGCGGGCCAAGAUCUGGGAGGCCGCAGGUUCGUGCGAUGGGCUCGCGUACGACUGGGUCGGCCACAACCUGUUCUACACCAACUCCGCACGGGGUCACAUCGUGGUACUCAAGCUGGACGGGAACGCGUCCGCGCACGUCGUAAUGCGUGACCUGGCGCGUCCCGAGUCGAUCGUGCUGGAUCCGAAGAAGGGCCUCAUGUACUGGUCCACGUGGGGACCGGACGGCCGGAUCGAGUGGGCCUGGAUGAACGGAACGGAGCGGGCUACGCUGGUGCAGGGGGUUGAUGGGUCACCCAUGAUCUGGCCCAGUGGGUUGGUGAUUGAUCAGGUGCAGAAGCGGCUGUACUGGUGUGACUCGAGGACGGGGAGGAUCGAGAGCGUGUCGUUGGAGGGUCACGAUCGGACGCUACAGUACGAUGGGGGUUCGCGGAAUCACUUUCCGAUCGCGAUCGGGGUUUAUAAGGAGCAGAUAUUCUUCUCGGACAAUGUUAAGGGGAACAUUGAGCGGUUGAACUUAAGCAAUCCGGAUUCGGUUGAUACGGUAGCGAUCGAGAAGCCGCAGAUCUUUGGAAUUAAAAUCUUUGACAAUCUUACGCAGUACAAUGCGAACCACAAGGUGCUCUGCGAUGGCAAGUGUCCGGAUAUCUGUAUCAAUACACCAGUGGGACCGUUUUGCGCCUGCGGGGAACCGCUGGUGAUGAAUGGCAACGGGACGAAUUGUGUCGCGGUGGACAGCGCAGCGCCGGCAACCUGUUACGAUGGUACGAACUUUAUGUGCAAGAAUGGAGUCCAUUGCAUCCAGCAGAAGUACACCUGCGAUGGUGAUCGAGACUGCGACGAUGGUAGUGACGAGGAACCGGCUCCGGACGGACCGUGCAAUGCGCAUUGCGACCUGGAGCACUUCUUCAAGUGCGAUGAUCAGCGGUGUAUCAAUAGAUCGCUGGUCUGCGACGGAACGGUCAACUGCAUCGACGAGUCGGACGAGGACUUCACCAACUGUCCGAACCAAACGUGCAUCGACAACUUCUUCCAGUGCAACACCAGUCGGCGGUGCAUCCCGAAGAGCUGGGUGUGCGAUCGUCACCCGGACUGCGGUCCGAACGAUCACUCCGACGAGCCGGAGAACUGCCACAAGUGCGAGGAGUUUGAGUGCAAGAACGGCGUCUGCGCCAAGUUCGAGGAGCUGUGCGACGGAACCAACAACUGCGGCGAUAACUCGGACGAAGCGCAGUGCGACGUGGAGUGCCGACCGAGCGAGUUCUACUGCAGUCCGUACGGGUGCAUCGACCGAUCGCAGAUGUGCGACCCCAAGCUGAACUGCCUGAACGCGUUCAGUGAUUGUGAACAGCAGCAGCGCAACGCAAGCGCCAACGGUACCACGGUAAGUCCAUCCGUCAAGACGGAGGAGGAGAUGCGUGGCCAGUGCAGGUUUGACAUUAACCUGGUGUGCGAUACCGACAAGGAGUGCAUCAAGGCGUACCAGAAGGUUUGUCAGAACAUAACCUUUCCGUCGUUUAACGAAACGACCGUGUGCCAACAUCCGGACCGGAUCUGUCGAGUCACCAACACCUGCAUCAAGGUAGAACAGCUUUGCGACGGACGGCCCGACUGUCCGGACAACACCGACGAAGGUUUCCACUGCAAGGACAAUCUCUGCAAGAACGUUAAAGAGUGUUCCCACACGUGUCACAACGCUCCGGAGGGGUUCGUAUGCUCGUGUCCGGAGCAUCUAUUCCUACAGCCCAACGGGAAGGAAUGUCGGGUUGAUCACGCUUGCACUCACUGGGGCACGUGCUCGCAGGUUUGCACUCCGGACGAGAAGCACUACAAGUGCAGCUGCCUGGAAGGGUACACGAUGACGUUCGACAAGUUUACCUGCAAGAGCAACAACGUUGACGCGCCGCACGUGAUCUUCAGCAAUCGGCAGGAGAUUCGAGGGGUGGAUCUGAACACGCUGGCCGUGAAGAACUUUUACACCUCGCUGAGAAACACGAUCGCGUUGGAUUUCCUCUGGAAGAACGACUCCGUGCAGAUCUUUUGGACGGACGUGAUCGACGAUAAAAUCUUCCGUGGGACACUGAUUGGCGAUUCGUUGAGCAAUGUGGAAGCCGUUGUGCAGUCUGGACUGUCCACCGCGGAAGGUCUAGCCGUUGACUGGAUCGGGAUGAACCUAUACUGGAUCGACAGCAAUCUGGAUCAGAUUGAAGUCGCAAAGACUAACGGAAGCUACCGACGAACGUUGGUAGCUGGAGACAUGGUCAACCCACGAGCGAUCGCGCUGGAUCCUAUGGAAGGUUUGCUCUUUUGGACGGACUGGGAAGAGGGUGCUCCCCGGAUCGAACGUUGCUCCAUGGCUGGUGAAGCCCGCGUUACGAUCAAAAUGGUUGGGCCGGAAGGUGGUUGGCCCAACGGAAUAACCCUCGACUACGUCCUAAAGCGAGUGUACUGGAUAGACGCACGAUCCGACUCGAUCCACACGACCGACUACGACGGCAACGAUCACCAUCUGGUCAUCAAAGACCAGGAAGUUCUGUCCCACCCGUUCAGCAUCACCCUGUUCGACAACUACGUCUACUGGACGGACUGGCGCACCAACUCCGUCAUCCGAGCCAACAAGUGGAACGGCUCGGACGUUACCGUUAUCCAACGAACCCAAUCGCAACCGUUCGGCAUCCAGAUCCUGCACUCCAGCCGACAACCGAACAACCGAUCGCACAACCCCUGCUCCGACAACAACGGUGGCUGUUCGCACCUCUGUCUCCUUAGCGUCAACCAAACGUACCAAUGUGCCUGCCCGCACGUCAUGCGGCUCGACACCGACAAGAAACGCUGCGUCCCCAACGAGCAGAUCCUGCUGUUUGUAAUGUCCACCGAGAUCCGCGGCGUAGAUCUGCAGCAGCCGAACCACUACACCAUUCCCACGAUCAGCCACCAGACGCAGGUGGUUCAGCCCGCCGUGCUGGACUACGACAUCGCGGAGGCCCGGCUCUUCUGGAACGAUGUCCUGCUGAAGGAGAUCAAAAGUUCGGAGCUGGCAACGGGUCCCAUCGAGACGAUCCUCGAUACGGACAUUUCGAACUCGAUGGGAUUCGCCGUGGAUUGGAUUUCGCGGCUGUUGUACGUGUCGACCGGGACGGAGACCAGCAGUCGGAUACUGGCCUGUAACAUGAAGGGGGAGUUUCUGACGGAGAUUUUGAGUGGGCUGAAGGCGGUGUACAGCUUGGUGGUGCAUCCUUCAAAGGGCAUGCUGUACUUUGCGACGAUCCACGAGUCGCCCAACCUGUACGAGCUGUACUCCGCCCGGAUGGACGGCUCGGAGAAGCAGCUGAUCAGCAACUCCACCUUCAACGCGAUGGAGAGUCUCGUGCUAGACUUUGAGACCGACCGCCUGUACUACAUUCUGUCCAAGCUCGGUGAAAUCUACUACUACGACAUCGCGACCGGGAAGAUCAUCAAGGUGCUGGAGUCGCAGUCGAAGCCAAUCCACACGAUCACGAUCUACCGGGAGCACGUGUACUUUGAUGACAGUGUUGAGAGUCGGAUCGUGCGCUGCGACAAGAAUGUGUGCCAGAGUCCGGAGGUUGUCCGGAACAACACCGGGGGAGUUAGUGCCAUUCGGAUGUACCAUCCGGGGGCGCAGAACGGGACGAAUCCGUGUCGGUUGAACAACGGCGGGGGUUGCCAGCAUCUGUGCAUUCCGCUGUCUGGGCAGUCAUACGUGUGUAGGUGCGCGAUGGGUUACCGGAAGGAUGCGAAGAACGCGUCCAAGUGUGUCGCGAUCGAUAACUUUUUGAUGUACUCGAUCGGGUAUCAGCUGAAGGGUUUGCCGGUUGGGGCGGCUAGCGAUCAGCACGAAGCGGUUAUGGGACCGUUGCAGAAGAUUUCGAUGGCGACGAGCAUCGACUAUCAUGCGAAGAGUGACUUUGUGUUCAUAGCAGACAGUGAUCGGGGAUCGAUUACGAAGAUCAAGCGGGACGGCAGUGAACGGUCGGUUAUUGUGAGCAAUUUCGAGCAGGUCGUGGAUGGUAAUUCGAUCGACUGGUUGGGAGAGAUCGCGGUGGACUGGGUGGCGGACAAUAUCUACUGGACCGACCAGAAGCGGAACUUGAUCGAGGUUGCGAGGUUGAACGGAAGCUUGCGAUAUGUUGUGGCUUCGAACUUGGAGAGUCCCCAGCUGAUUGCGGUUGAUCCGGUAAGUGGAUUCAUCUUCUACUCGGGCAGGGGAAAGAUUGGACGCACUGGGCUGGAUGGAACGGGGAAGUUUAUUCUGGUCAAUCAAACCUCCGCGAUCAGUGAUCUUACGCUGGAUAUUGAGAAUCAGGUUGUGUACUGGUGUGAAGUCCAGACGGAUACCAUUUGGAGGGUAGAUUACGAUGGAAAUAUGAAAACGAUUCUGCUGAACAACACGCUUGACAACGUCAAGGCACUUGAUCUUUACGAGGACAACAUAUUCUGGUCAGACGUUCACGGUAACAUAAAAGCGGCCAAUGUAAGAAAUAUUACCAACUACUGGCCGGUGGUUGAUUCCGAUGGAGCAUCGGUUAAGGACAUCAAAAUAUUCUCCUCCCAAAAACAACAAAAGACAAACGCGUGUGGUAUUAAUAACGGGGGCUGUCAGGAACUCUGCCUGUUCAACGGAACGCACCCAAUCUGUGCCUGUUCGCAUGGAAAGAUCUCGCAAGACGAUUUCAAGAGUUGCGAGUCGUACGACAGCUUCCUGCUGUACUCCAAGGUGGCCGCCAUCGAAAGUAUCCACAUAACCGACCCAAACAAUAUCAAUGGACCAAUACCGGAGAUUCAAAACUCGACCUUCCUCAAAAACACGAUCGCACUGACGUACGAUCACGACCAACAGCUGAUCUACUACUCGGAUGUCGAGUACAGUUCAAUCAACUCUGUGUUCUACAACGGCUCAAAUCACCGUAAAAUCGUUGCCAAACAACUCACCGUGGAAGGUCUGGCGUUCAACCCAAUCACCAAGCAGCUCUUCUGGACAUCCAACAACGAAGCCGCGAUCCGCUCCUUAGAACUAGCAAACAUCACAGCCGACGCCAAAGCAAACGCCGACUUGGUCCGAGAACUGAUCAAGCUGAAGCCAACCGACAAACCACGCGGAAUCGCCGUCGAACCCUGUCUAGCGAUGAUCUACUGGACCAACUGGAACCCACAGGCAGCGUCGAUUCAGCGAGCGUAUCCUUCCGGCUACGGCCUCGAAAGCAUUAUCACCACGGACAUCCGCAUGCCGAACGCCAUCACGCUUGACUACCAGGCGAAGAAGCUGUACUGGGCUGACGCGCGGUACGACAAGAUCGAGCGAGCGGAUUAUGAUGGUAAGAAUCGAGUCGUGUUGGCGCACUCGACGCCCAAACAUCCGUUUGCGAUGGCUGUGUACGGGGAUUUGUUGUUCUGGACGGAUUGGAUCUUGCACGCGGUUAUCCGGGCGAACAAGUACUCCGGGAGCGACGUGGUUUGGCUGCGGAAGGACAUUGCUAGACCGAUGGGGAUCGUGGCUGUGCAGCACAUCGAUAAGGAUUGUAGCGCUGAUCCGUGCAAGAUUUUGAACGGCGGAUGUGAGGACACCUGCUUGGGUGUUGACGGGAAGGGGAAGAUUCUGUGCGGCUGCACACAGGGAGUGCUCGCGAAGGAUGGUUAUCGGUGUGUGCCGAAACUGUCUUCCAACUGCUCUUCGGAGGAGUUUAGCUGCUCGAUUGGUGGAUGUAUUCCGUUCUACUUGACUUGUGACGGUAUUUCGCAUUGUUUAGACGGAUCGGAUGAGCUGCAGAGCUACUGUGCUCAACGCACCUGUUCAGUGGGAUAUUUCCAGUGUAACAACCACCGGUGUAUUCCGGAGACUCAGGUGUGUGACAGUGCGCAAAAUUGUGGCGAUGGAAGUGACGAGGAGAACUGCAAGUGUAAUGCCGCAACGCAGUUCCAGUGCAAGUCUGGACAGUGCAUCUCCAAGUCUCACCGCUGUGACAACGAUCCGGAUUGUCCGGACUUGUCAGACGAGCUGGGAUGUCCAAGGACGCGAAACUGUAGUGCAGAGUUGCUGCACUGUCCGUACACUACGGCGUGUUACAUGCCGUCGUGGGCUUGUGAUGGAGAGAACGAUUGCUGGGACAAUUCUGACGAGAUGAACUGCACAACGUCGGUGGUUCCGACCUGUCCGACGGACAAGUUCUUGUGCGCGAAUGGACACUGCAUUCCGAUGAACUGGCGCUGUGACAGCGAGGAUGAUUGUUUGGACGGGACGAUAACGAGCUUGAGUUCGGAUGAGAUCAACUGUACGAGGCACUGCAAGCCGAACCAGUUCCAGUGUUUGAACAGCACGGAGUGUAUUCCGAACAGCUGGCAGUGUGACAACAAUCCGGACUGUGCGGACGGAUCCGACGAGGGAGAGCACUGCCAGCAGCGGGUUUGUCCGGAGUGGGAGUUCCACUGUCCGACGAGUGGUCGCUGUAUCACGAUGAAGUGGCGCUGUGACGGGGAGGUGGACUGCACUGACGAUCAAGAGGACGAGAAGAACUGUGAUUCGAUGGAACAGAGCUGUGAUCCGGACUCGUUUACGUGCGAAAACGGGGACUGUGUGAGUCGACAAUUCUACUGUGAUGGGGACGCCGACUGUGUGGACGGUUCUGAUGAACCGAUUGAUUGCGUUCCGGAGGUGGGUGUGGUGGUGUCGUGCAAGGUCGACGAGUUCCAGUGCAAGAAUAAAAAGUGCAUCGCGAAGAAUCUCACGUGCAACGUGAACAACGACUGCGAGGAUGGUUCGGACGAGGACAUUCAGCUGUGCAAGAACACGACGUUGAUCUGCGCCGGGCCGGAACUGUUCCGGUGCGAGAGUGGAGUUUGCAUCGUGCGGGGAUUGUUGUGUGACGGGUCGAACGACUGUGGUGACUGGAGUGACGAGAAGUCAUGCAAGAUCAACGAGUGCGAAGAGAUGCCGAAUUUGUGUGCGCACAACUGUGAGGAUCGAGAGGUUGGGUAUGAUUGUACCUGUCGGCCAGGUUUCAAGGUCAACAUCAACGACAAGCACCGCUGUGACGACGUUGACGAGUGUCUCGACCGACCGUGCAGUCAGAUGUGUACAAACGUGUACGGGUCGUAUCACUGCUCGUGCCAGGAGGGUUACACCAUGAAGGCGAACGGAUCGUGCAAGGCGGACUCGCUGGAGCACCCCAAGCUGAUCUUCUCCAAUCGGUACUACGUGAGGGAAGUUGACAUGAACGGGUCGAUGAACAUCCUGGCGCACAAUCUGUCCAACGCGGUCGCGCUGGACUUUGACUGGGAAACCAAGUGUUACUACUGGUCGGAUGUGACCUCGGUGAUCAGCUCGAUCAAGCGCAUGUGCUUGAGCUCGAACAAGACGGAAGUUUUGCACAAAUCUACGCUGAAGAAUCCUGACGGGUUGGCGAUCGAUUGGGUGGCGCGUAAUCUGUACUGGUGCGACAAGGGUCUGGACACGAUCGAGAUCUCUAAAUUGGAUGGGCGGUAUAGGAAGGUGCUGAUCAACCAGAAUCUGCAGGAACCACGUGCGAUCGUGCUGGAUCCGUACCGGAAGAACAUGUACUGGACGGAUUGGGGUGAUCAGCCGCACAUCGGUAAGGCCGGCAUGGACGGGUCGAACCAGACGAUGCUGGUCUCGCAGCAGCUGGGAUGGCCGAACGCGUUGACGAUCAACUUCGAGACGAACGAACUGUUUUGGGGAGAUGCUCGGGAGGACUACAUUGCUGUUAGUGAUUUGGAGGGUAACAAUAGGAAGGUGAUCAUCUACCGGGACAUGCAUCCGGCGAUGAACCUGCAUCACAUCUUUGCCGUUGCCGUGUGGGAGGAUCGCAUCUACUGGACGGAUUGGGAGACCAAGUCGAUCGAGUACUGUCACAAGUACCGUGGCGAUCAGUGCGGAACGCUGAUCAAGAUGAUUCAUAGACCGAUGGAUUUGAGGGUUUAUCAUCCGUUUAGACAACGGAAGCCCGUGGAAGAUCCAUGCUUGCUAGCGGGUUGCUCGACGUUGUGUUUGCUGUCUCCGGAAGCACCUGGUUACCGCUGUGCCUGUCCGGAUCACUUCCUGCUGGGACCAGACAACAAGACCUGUAUCGCCAACUGCUCUUCAGCGCACUUCCUGUGCAAGACCACGUUCAAGUGUAUUCCGUACUACUGGAAGUGUGACAAGCAGGACGAUUGUGGAGACAACAGUGACGAGCCGGACAACUGUCCGGAGUUUACGUGCGAGUCCGGUCAGUUCCAGUGCGACAACAACAAGUGCAUCAGCCCGAGCUUGAUCUGCGACGGGAAGGAUCAGUGCGGGGACGGAUCGGACGAGAAGGGUUGCGACGAUUACGAGUGCUUCAGCUCGCAGUUCAAGUGCAGCAAGACGCAGUUCAACAACUCAUUCUGCUUGGAGGGCGUGAAGCGGUGCGAUGGCCACGCGGACUGUCCGAACAAGGACGAUGAGGUGGGUUGCGACAAGACGGUUUGUGCGGAUCAUCAGUUUAUGUGUGGGUCGGGCAAGUGCAUCACCAAGGUUUGGGCGUGCGACGGGGACAUUGACUGCGUGGACGGGUCGGAUGAGCGGGAUUGUGGGAAUCGGACGUGCUCGGAGAGCGAGUUCAGGUGUAACAAGGGACGCUGCAUUCCGAUGUCGUGGCGAUGUGACGGGGAGGAUGAUUGUUCCGAGGGGGAGGACGAAAAGGAGAGCUGUAAUCCGCCGGAGGCGACAACGUGCGAGGCGUCCUACUUCCGGUGUAAUAAUUCAAAGUGCAUUCCUGGGCGGUGGAGGUGCGAUUACGAGAAUGAUUGUGGAGACAACAGCGAUGAGUUGAACUGUCAGAUGCGAAACUGUUCGGAGUCUGAGUUCCGGUGUGAUGAUGGGCAUUGCAUACGGGGGAUCCGGAAGUGCGAUGGGGAAUUUAACUGUGCGGAUCAUAGUGAUGAAGCGGACUGCGACGUGAGCUGCCAGCCGGAUGAGUUCAAGUGCAAAGGACACAACCUGUGCAUAAGCAACAACUUCAAGUGCGAUGGGGAUAACGAUUGCAUUGAUGGGUCGGACGAGGAGGACUGCGAUUGUCACGAUGACGAAUAUCGGUGUGAUAAUGGCAAGUGCAUUCUGAGGAACUGGCUUUGCGAUGGAAUCGACGAUUGUUUGGACCGGUCGGACGAGAAGAGUGAGUACUGUAAGGCGAACGGAUGCCACAAGCGGGCGUUCCGGUGUAGCAACGGAAACUGCAUCCGGAAGGCCAUGAUGUGUGACAAUAAGAACGACUGCGGGGACAACUCGGAUGAAAAGGCGUCGCAGUGUUUGAAGUGUCCACCGGAUACGUUCCGCUGCAGCAGCGAUUCCAAGUGUAUAGCGAACAACCAGCGAUGCGAUGGCAAACCAAACUGCUUGGACGAGUCCGAUGAGCUGGGCUGCCGGAGAUCGCAGUGCGGUUUUGGCACGUGCAGUCAAGUUUGUGUGGAGAAGAAGCAUCAGUACAAUUGCCGCUGUCAGCCAGGGUACCAGAAGGGACCACUGCGGAACGAUACCUGCAUUGCGCAGGAUGAGAAUGGGCUGCUUUUAGUAUCUUCCGAAUCCGACUUUAGAAGCAUGUACUACGGAACGACGGUAAUGGGCUUCCUUCAAACAAACUCGAAGAAGAUCGACCGCUUCGACUACUCAAUUACCAAGCACAACAUCACACUGUUCUGGAUAGACAGCCACGACAAGAGCAUCCAGAAGGUGCACAUGGACACCACGGUGAAGGUCGUCGAGAGUGGUGAAGAAGGCGGAGCGGCACGCUCGAGCCGAGCUGCCCCUUCGUACGAUCGCAUCAAAACCCUCGACGGAAAGCACUCUUCGGUGAUCCUCAAGAACCAGAACAUCGUCCCGCUUGCGAUUGCGUGCGACUGGAUAACCGAGCACAUCUACGUGAUCAACAAGAAGCAGAGCAACAUCUUCACGAUGACAUACAACGGGACGAACCACACGACGCUGACGGCCACCGGUAAGCAUCCGAUCGACAUCGUCGUUGACCCGGUCCACCGGGUGAUGGUGUGGUCUGUGAUGGAAGCGAUCAUCCUGUCCGGAAUGGACGGGUUCAAGAAACAAAAGCUCGUCCAAGCGAACAUCGAGUGGGCUUCGGGACUGGCGAUCGACCCAACAACGGAUCGUCUGUACUGGGCAGACUACCGCAAGAGUACGAUCGAGACGUGUAUGUUGCUUACCGGAGGUGAUCGUCACGUGAUCAGCGAAAUGCACGACUACAGCAAGCCCAAGAUUCUGGACGUGUUCGAGGACAGCGUGUACGUGAUACUGUACAACCAGAACAUUCUCCGGUUGAACAAGUUCGGACGGGACAAUGGGACGGAGGUGUUCCAGGGAACGCGUGGCUACCGAUCGUCCGAUCUGAAUUACAUCCACCCGGUGAAGCAUAAUAGAAAAGCUACCAACCCGUGCCUGCUGCAUCCGUGCCACGAAUCGACGGUCUGUCUCCUCUCAACCGAGAACCCCCUUGGCCGUCGCUGUCUCUGUGCGGACGCUUCCAGUCAAGACCCGGAAAAAGACCCCUCCGGCGAGAUCACGCGCUGCCAGGAAGCUCCCCCGGUUCGCUGUAACCUGUCCUGCCACCACGGGAUGUGCGUCAUCGAGGGAGGUCGCCCGCGCUGCCAGUGCAAUCCCCUCUACAACGGAACGUACUGUGAGCAUUACAUCUGCUCGGGCUAUUGCCACAACCGGGGCGCGUGCUACAUCGUCAACAACGAACGCAAGUGCACCUGUCCGCCGCUGUGGACCGGCGAGCGCUGCGAACUGUCCACCGGGGCUUGUCAAAAGCACUGCCACAACGGAGGCAGCUGUUCGAUCGCCAACGAUGGCACCAUUUCGUGCGAGUGUCCCCGGGAGUACACCGGAGAGCAGUGUCAGCACUGUGCGAAUCUGAGCUGUGAAAAUGGUGGGGUUUGUCGGAAGACAGCUACGGACAAGAGCCAGUGCGAGUGUCCGGAUGGGUUUAGUGGGCGAAGUUGUGAGGUGGACACGUGCAUCAACCAGUGCGAAAAUGGAGGGGAGUGCUCGAUCGUACGAGGAUCACCCAAGUGUAGCUGUCCGGAGGGAGUUACUGGCGAGAGGUGCGAGAAUCGAGGCUGUACGGAGUUGUGUCGAAAUGGAGGGGAUUGCGUGACGGGACCGAGCCCGUACUGCAAGUGUCGCCAGGGUUGGACGGGAUCGUUCUGCGAGGUCGACCUGUGCGACGGCAGUGAGAAUCAGCCGAGCUACUGCUCACCGGAGCACCCACCGCCGAGUCCGCUGCCCAAGUCGUGCGGCACGUACGUGUGCAGCAACGCUGGCCACUGUCUGGAGGUGCGCGGGGAACCGAUCUGCAACUGCACCCAGCAGUACGCGGGCCGACACUGCGAGCACUACAUCGGCUAUCACAACCCGUGCAACUACUACUGCAAGAACAACGGCAUCUGCCAGCUGGACAUCCGGACGAGCAGCAACAUCACGUACGAGACGUCGUGUGUGUGCGUCGGCGAGUGGCAGGGCGACCAGUGCGAGCGGCCUCCGCCGUGCAUCGAGGACUGCGGCACGUGCGAGGCCGGCAGUUCCAUCAACGAGUGCAUGUGUGAAGACGGGCGGCUGAGCAUCUGCCUGAAGGAGAUUGUUCUGGCGGAGCUGGACGGUCGCGAUCGAACCGGCUACACGCUGUCGAUACUAGCUAUCGUGCUGUUUGUGAUACUGAUUGCGGUGGCUGGGUUCGGAGGGGCUCUGUAUGGGCUCAAGAAACGAAGAAACGGACAACCUUUCUCCCAUGCGCGCCUUACCGAGAACGUCGAGAUCACAAAUCCGAUGUACCUGGGCGACGUGGAAGAGGUGCCGUCGUUUGUGCACGAGGAUGAUAAGGCCCACUUUGCCAACCCGGUGUACGACUCGAUGUACGCCGGCGGCGUGAACGUGCACGCCGACUCGUCCUCCUCGCUGCCGGGCCACAGCAGCCACCCGCUGCUGAGCGUGUCCGGUUCGGCGCCCGAGGAGAAGAAGGGCCUGCUGCAGCACACCCAGGACGAUUCGCUGGCGCAGGAUUUGUUAUGAUGUCGGCUGAAAAAAUAGUAGCAGUUGGGGCGUUUCUAGACGGGGACGGGGUUAAUUCUCCAUCCCCCCCUCUGGAAACGCAAUCCCAAUCUGCACUGUGUGCGGGGGGAGGGGGGCGUUGGCGGAACGUCGGAAAUGUGCGCCCCCUCCCACAAAAACCGUGUGUGAUCCCAGUUGAGAACAAAGUGCUAGAGAUUUGUUAGAUUUUAGGUUGUACAUUUUUUUGAUUUCACGCCUUCAUGUGUGUGUGUGUGCGUGUUUCAUUCUUUUAUUCUUGGGACUAAUUGGAGGCAGGGUAAGGAAAGAAAACACACACACGCUCACACUCAACGAAUGCAUUAAAUGUGUAGAUACUCGUCAGAUUAGGUUAUUCUUUAUACUCUCAUCACUAUUAGGUUUUAAGUGGUUAAUUUUAUAUAAAUAAAAAAAGGUCAUUCCAACUCAAAUCAAAUAAAAUCCGAAUUUGGUGCCCCGAUCUGUUUUCAAACAGAAUAAUGCUCUAUCUUAUAAAAAAUCGAGGUAAAACGAAACUACCAGCAUUUUCAACCACCAGGUCAUGGCAGUUUCUAUUGCAAAACUUCUACACGGUCCUGGCGUCCGAAGGCUUGGAGUUAAGGUUAUUUGUUCCAAUACAAAUUUGCUCAGUUUCAUUAUUCUAACAUUUCUUUGUACAAUUUCAUCAAUUCUUUGAGUUUCCCAGCGCGUCACAAAAAUAGUUAUUUAAAAUUUAUAUACAUUUCACAUUUGAGCAAUUCUCUACCAAAACCGGAAAUGGGUUUUAUUUGUAUUUUUUGCUUUGACUCAUACUUUGUGGGGGUCUUCCCUACGACUAAAGAAGCCAUUUGGUGUCAUUGGUUCACCCAUACAAGUCUUCAUACAAUUGUGGCAGCUGUCCAUACAAAAAUGUUACGUAAAUAUUUGAAGCCCGUAUUUUUUUAAGGAAUUUUUGUUUGAUUUUAUCUUCGGCAAAGUUGUAGGUAUUGAUGAGGACUGUAAAAAAAACAGAUACACAUAAAAAAAUGCCGAUCUUUUUAUUACCUUUUUUCAUAAAAAACCCAUAUCCAGAAAUAAGUUUAUUUUAUUUUCGAGAUUUUUUUCAAAUGUUUUAGGGGACCAAAACCCGCAACUUUUGAGCCAUAGAGAUGUAUGGUCAAACAUUUUGCCGCCCUGUUAUGAUUUUUUUCUAAAAAAAUAGCGUUUUCUGGAAAAAAAAUUAAAUUUUAUGCAUAUUUUUUUACCUAAUUUUUUAAAUUCAAAUUUGAAUUUGCAAUCGAAAAGUAAUUUACAAAUUUCUUGAUAAAGUGCCUCGUUUUCAAGAUAUAGUCACCGAAAGAUUGAUUUCAGUGAAAUAUUUGCAGUUCUUCGAUUUUAAAAUAUAGUGACCAUAAGUAAAUAACCACCUCAGAUUUUGUUAUGUUUAGAAAAUUUGCUGCAAAAUUGUCUAUGAGACAUUGAAGAUUGGACCUCUGGUUGCUGAGAUACAGCGGAAUAAUGAAAAAGAAGUAGGGAAAUUUAAGUCCAAUCCAAACAACCCUUCAUUUUCUAAUGCCGAUAUCUCAGCAACUAAUGGUCCGAUUUUCAGUGUUGAAAAAUGAAACAUUCGGGAAAUUUUCCGAUCUUUUCCAAAAAAAAUGUGACCCAACAAACUUUAUGUCAAAAUUUUUGAUUUUUCGGCGGCAACAUUUUUGACCAUACUUCUCUAUGGCUCGAAAGUUGCGGGUUUUGCCCCCCUAAAACAUACCAAAAAAUCUCGAUAGUAAAAAAAUAUCAAUUUUUGAAAAUCGAGUUUUUGUGAAAAAUAAAACCCGAUUUAAUAUCACCAGAGGUGAAAUAGGGCCUUUCUUACAAAAUGAUGAAACUCCGAGAAAUUGGUGCAAUUAAUUUUUAAGAAACAUAAUGAUACCACCCAGUGAGAAUUUUACCUAAAGCUUCGAAUCUUUUUAGGCUAAACCUCGAAUGCCAUUUUUUUUUUAAAUUUCAGAGGUACAUUAUUUGUCGCAAGAUAUUUAAAUUUAAAUAAGAAAAACAUAUUGGAUUGACAUUAUUAGAAAAAAAUAAAGGGUACUCAGUCUUUAAUGUUAGUCUAUGAUUAACUUAAAAAAAUAUGUAUCGCUAUUGCACUUUGUCGAUCUAUUAUGAGAAGCCAGAAAGAACACUUUCACGUGCAGCGCAAAACUGGAAAUACAUUUUGGAAAAGCUUCAAAUUUUGGGCCAAGCAGUUUAUGGCGCAUGUUUUCGAAUGGUUUUUUGUUUGAAACUGAAUUCGUUUAAUUUGACAGUGUUAUCUGUAAAAUAGUCCAAAAAAAUACCUUUAAAAAUGGCUUUGACCACAUUUACUGGUCGAAAAUUGUGAAUCGAAAAAUAAAAUGUUCGUCUCCGACCCCACGGCUACAGAUCUGAAAUAUAAAAAUUGUGGGUUUUACGAGCGAUUUUCCAGUGAUGGAAGACACAAAUUUUUAAGAGCGGAUAAAGACAUCGCUCAUGUAUUUCAGUAAAGGAGCUCUCAAAAAUCAGACUUUGGGUUCCGGCUUUCGGGCCAAAAUUCAUUCGAAAGAGCGCAAAUUUAGUAAUAGGAUUUUUUCCUGGGACGAAUCCUCGCGGUGUACUAUUUUUUUAAGAUUUCUGAGAAAAGCAUUUUUCCAAAAGCAAAACUAAAACCUUUCUUUUGUAAGAAAGGCAAAAAGGUUAUUUUAAAAUUUGGCACUCCUUUUUUCCAUGUACCCAAUUUUUCUGAACAGUCCUCAUCAAUACCUACAACUUUGGCCCCAAAGUUUGAGCCAAAUUAAAAAAUACAAAAAAGAAAAAAGGUCGAAAUUGGCCGAUUUCGUAAAUAAUUGCUUUUUGACCAUAACAUGAUCAGGUCUUUGAAAAUACCUGAAGAGAAUUAAAUUUUCAAAAUUCCAUUCUGGGAGUUUUUCCUUUCUGACAAAUAUGAAUCUUACAAAAACGUAUGCCUUUGUAUAUCGAUUGACAUUGGAUUUUUUCUUCUAUUUAAUACAAUUGUCCGUUUGACAUCGUUUCGCUCGUCAAACAGCUCCAAAAGAAAAAUUGUUAACUUUUUUUAACUAACUUAGUGAGAAACGAAACGGCCUACUUUUCCCUGCCAAAAAAAACAAUGCAGCAAUGAAUUGCUUUUAAGUACUGUUUUUGGCUCUACAAAGUUGAUAAAAAUUUAAACAAGGUUCAUUUUAAAGCUUUUGACUUCUUUUCCUCAAUCCUAGAAAUCAUUUAAUGGCCGAAGCGAAGCUCCACUAUUUUUUCACAUUUUUUAAGUUUCAACGUGGUUUUUUAUGUAAUUUUCUGCACGUUGGACGUAUAACCGAUUGGCGUGGAAUUUAUUUUAACUCGAAUAUAAAUAAAUUUGCGGAAACAAAACUGAUCAAAAACCAUCUUUUUCUCUCGAGACAUUUCGAAACAUGUGGUAAUCCGAUGAACGGGACAACCUGCAAGGAAUUUGUUUGAUUUUUGAGUUGGAAUGACCCGAGCACUAAAAUAUAUAAAACAAACAUAUAGUCAAAGAUCUCGCGAUUUAUUCAUAGUAAAAACACGCAUGAAAAAAGCAGCGAGCAAAUUUGUUUUGCCUUUCCACUUGUGGUCUAUAGAGACAAUUCUUAGAAGGUAGCUAAAAGAAACUUUUUGUCUGUGUUUUAUCGGAUAGGUCUCUCGAAAAAAAAGGUUACGUGAUUGUUGUUACGAGACGAAGUACGGUUUUAUUCACAUCCAAGAGCUUUAAUAACCUUACGUUUAAAUGUUAAUAUAACAGUAUCGCGCCAUCAAACUCUCAUACUUCUUGUUUGUUACUUUAAAAUAUGAAAAACGAAAAAAUCACAUCUCUGUAAAUUAAAAUCGAUAAUAAAAUGUCCAUCCAACUUUUGAUAAUAACAAAAAGAGAAACUCAUACGAUAGCAAAUUAAACAGCCAAAUCGCGCGCUUUUUGUGAGCAAAUCAAACAAAACGAACGUAAAACAACAGAAGAAAAAAAUAUAACGUAAUAACUACAAUACACACUGAUUGUGAUUUUUGAACGCGCGAAGCCAUGCAAACCAAGCAAAAUCGAAUCCUAACGGUUGAAGCAUUACUGUAUAGUUAAAAAAAAUUAAAAGCACCAUUGUAAAGAAAUAAAGAUAGCUAAACGAAUCAAAUGAACCAAAAAAACACACACACACAGAGCACAGUUCGAAUUCACACUCAUUCACACACACAAACACGUCGCGCUAGAAGUAAUUGCCAUAAAGGAAGUUUGAGAGAGGCCGCGCGGCAGCUCUGAAUAAUAACUGUAUAACUAUAGGUAAAUUGUCGUCGAAUAAUCAACGAGCCGUGCUGCAGAGUAAAACAAUACAGUAAAAAAAAACAUUAAAGUUAGACGCGUUGCACAAUUUUGAAUAAAAUAAAAUAAAACACAAGCAAAACGAACUAGCAUUUAAAACGUACGAGUUUCGUUGUUUUGUAAUACAGGAAGGAAGAAAGAAGGAGAGGAGAUUCGUGUGGAGCACGCGUGCUCGCGUUGGAAAUGAAAGAAAUAAUUCAAUUUUGUCACCAAGAAGCAUGUUACGAAUAAAGACUGUAAUUUUUCAAAAAA